UUCCCCCGCCCACAGCCCCAAACCCUCCCCCAACCUCCAACCCACCGGCGGCGCCGCUGCGCGAGGAGAAGAGUCGAAGAAGAUGGUGAAGUUCCUCAAGCCCGGGAAGGCGGUGAUCCUGCUGCAGGGCAGGUACGCGGGGAAGAAGGCGGUGAUCGUCCGCGUCUUCGAGGAGGGCACCCGCGACCGCCCCUACGGCCACUGCCUCGUCGCCGGCCUGGCGAAGUACCCCAAGAAGGUGAUCCGCAAGGACUCGGCGAAGAAGACGGCCAAGAAGUCGCGCGUCAAGGUCUUCCUCAAGCUCGUCAACUUCACCCACCUCAUGCCCACCCGCUACACCCUCGACGUCGACCUCAAGGAGGUGGCCUCCGGCGCCCCCGACUCCCUCACCACCAAGGACAAGAAGCUCACCGCCGCCAAGUCCGCCAAGGCCAAGCUCGAGGAGAGGUUCAAGACCGGCAAGAACAGGUGGUUCUUCACCAAGCUCCGCUUCUAGGUUAUUCGUCCGUCCGUCCGCGCCAUUACUACCCCGAAUCCUUUACAUUUUUAGUCGCUCGUUAUCGGAAACUGUUGCUGCGCUCAAGAUUUCCUGUUUUGGCUUUGGUAUUGCCCGUAAAGACUAUGUUUUUAGAUUGGAUCUUAUGAGAUAUGAUGGUGGUUCAUGUGUUGAAUCAUGAGAUCUGCUUGGAAUUUUCCUUCAGUA